AUGGACCAACAGAAGCGCCGUGGCGAUCGCCGCCGCGGGGGACGUGGACCCCAACGGGCCCGCGGUCCCAGAAACACAAAUGGCCAUGGUGGCAGGAGCAACAACAACCAUCCCAACGAAUUUCAGCAGCCGAUCCAGCCUUCAGCCGAAGACUCCGAGCCUCAACUAGGCAGAGAAAUGUCCGUUGACAACGAUAGACCUCCUUUGACCGAGCCUGUCCCCCAGGACACCCCUCGCUUCGCGGAUCUGAAUGUUGUUCACCCCACCAUUGUCAAGACCAUCACGGAGGACCUCAAGUUCGACCACAUGAUGCCCGUUCAGGCGGCCACCAUUCACGAACUACUCCCUCCCAACCGAAGCGACUGCCUGGUUCAGGCCAAGACUGGUACCGGCAAGACAAUCGCCUUUCUACUACCCGCCCUACAGACCAUGAUCACGCAGAACCGUGGCGCUGAUACCGGUAUUUCCCUGCUCGUCAUCUCGCCUACGCGCGAGCUUGCUAUGCAGAUUGCCAAAGAGGCUACCAACCUGCUCCAACGCCUGCCGAAACACCGUGUCUGCAUUGCCAUCGGUGGCACCAACAAGGAUCGUGAAGAGAGAGCUAUCCUCGGCGGCUGCGACAUCCUCAUCGCCACCCCUGGUCGCCUCUUCGACCACAUGUCUAAUGAGAAUGUGCUCUGGGCCUUGCGUCAUCUUGAUACUCUUGUCCUCGAUGAGGCUGAUCGUCUGUUGGAUAUGGGAUUCAUGAAGGCUCUUCGCGACAUCGUUGGCCAGCUGCCUGACAAGAAGGCAACCAACCGUCAGGGUAUGCUCUUCUCCGCGACCAUCGCCCCACACGUCGAGCAGGUUGCUGGCCUGGUUCUGUCUCCCGGUUACAAGUUCAUUUCGACCAUCCCCGCCGGCGAGAUCAACACCCAUCAGCGUGUACCUCAACUGCUCAUCAAGGUUCCCUACUUCUCAUCCGUCUCUGCCGCCAUGGUUGGCUCCAUCCGUGAGGAGGCUCGCCAGCAUGAGGCAUUCAAGGCCAUUCUCUUCGCUCCAACAGCCGCCCUUGCCGAUCUUUACGGUUUCGUGCUCGAGAAGAUUGCCGGCUUGCCGCCAGUCUCGAUCCUGCACUCACGCAUCUCCCAGAACAAGCGCACCAAGGUGACGAACGACUAUCGCGAUUCACGCUCCGCUAUUCUUGUCGCCACCGAUGUAGUCGCUCGCGGUAUGGACUUUCCCGGUGUUACUACCGUCUUCCAGGUUGGCAUCCCCGCAGAUAAGCAGAGCUACAUACAUCGUCUCGGCCGUACUGCCCGCGCUAGUGCUGAGGGUCGCGGCAUCUUCAUCGUCUCCGAGGCUGAAGCAUGGUUUCCCAAGUGGACACUCAAAGAAAUCACCUUUGUGCCGCACGACGCCGAUACCUCGUCUGCUGCCGAGGUAUCGGCCAUCAUUGAUACUAUGGAAGAGGGCGAGAAGGCCAAGAUCUACCAGGCUUGGCUCGGUUAUUACAACAAUCACAUGAAGGCUCUGAAAUGGGACAAGGAGGAGCUUGUUGCCCAGGGUAACAUCUAUGCCCGUGAUGGCCUCGGGUGCCCCGAAACGCCCGCUAUCGCCAAGACGACCGCCGGCAAGAUGGGCCUGCGUGGUACGCGCGGACUCGUUGUUGUUCCAGACCCUCCGAAGCAGGGCCGCGGCGGUGGUGGAGGUGGGCGCGGCGGCGGUGGAGGUGGGCGCGGACGGAGGGGUGGACGGGCUUAA